AUGGGAAGAAUAAUCAGUUCACAAGCGCAGAAGGCCAUGGAAGAAGCUGACAUUCCGGUGAACAUCACCAAUGAUCUGGAGAGGAAGAUCGCCGAUGCGUUCCUCAUUUUCGACCACCACGGCAGCAAAGUCGUCGAUGUGAGGGAAAUUGGCACAAUUCUCAGGUUUCUGGGCUGCGUUCCAACGGAGAAUGAAAUCAACGAAAUCAUCUCCGCCACGGAGUUUGAGGACUCCAAUGGCACUGUGCACCUGGCCAAGUUCCUGCCGCACGUCCAUCAGCUGCUGCUGGAGCGCAAAAUGGAGCCGGCGGCGCCCGAGAGGCUCCUGAAGGCCUUCCAGAUCCUCGAUCCGGACGGCAAGGGCUUCAUUCCGCGCGACUUCCUCGCCAAACUGAUGAUGGAGGAGGGCGAGCCCUUCAGCCAGGACGAACUGGACGAGAUGAUGGCCAUCGCCGUGGACGCGCAGACCAGCAAGAUUCCCUAUGAAUUGUACAUUAAUCAAUUGAUGGUGGAAUAG